UAAUGACCCAGUAUCUUCAAAAUAGAAUUAGGCAAUUAGGGGUAAAGUCUUUUAUCAUUUCUCUUCUGCAUAAGUCGAUAGUACAACCCUAUGCUAUAACAGCUACCGGCGACAACUGCAAUCCAGCAAUCUAUGACAACUAGGGAGAACGGCGACAACCCAGGUGACGGCGGCGACGACGGCUCCUUCCUCGGAUAUAGGCAAGCCCUAAUCUGCUCAUGGUCCAGCCCAUCUCCGGCCUAAAGCUUCGGCGUCUUCGCGCCUAACUCUCACUCCGACCGUUCGAUCGCUUCCCUCCACCCAUCUCCGGCGUAAAGCUCUUCUCGAUGCCGUGUUCCUGCUUCUCUAUCUUCUUCACAGUGAUAGCCACAAGACUUUGGGUAUUUUCUUUUUUUUUUCUUUCUUUCUUUCUCUGCACUGAGUUUUUUGGUUUAAAUACUAAAGAUUUGAUUGAAUAUGUGUUUCUUUGAAUGGGAUGUUCCAUUAUCGUGAUUCAAUUUUGUGAAUAAGAUUCAUUUUUGAGAUGAGAUGUCCCUACAGAUGAGAUGCUUUCUGAUGAAUAUUAUGAGCAAGAUGGGAAAGAGCAGAAUGAUUUAAUGCAUUAUAGAGGGUUUCCUCAUUCUUUGGGGUCUAAUUCUGAGCAACAACUAAAACCAGCUGCAGGGAAUAAGAAUACUGCAAGAUCUUCUAGAGUCUUGAAUGGCAGUGAAAAUUUUGGCGAUGGUGAUGAAGAUGACAACAAUAAUGAUGAUGCUGAUUAUGAAGAGGAUGAAGAUGAAGAUGAUCCUGAUGAUGCAGAUUUUGAACCUGAUUAUGGCAUUACAAGUGAACACACAUUGAAAAAGGAUAAAAAUUGGGGAGGUGCAGAAUCUGAAGAAGAAGAUGACAGUGAUAAUGAGCUGGAUAUGUCUGAUGAAGACGAUUUUUAUUAUGCAAGGAAAUCAAAAAGUAAACAACGUGGUAAAGGUGGACAUAUUGUUAAAUCUACCAGAGAAUGUAAAUUGUAUCAGGGAUCUGGUCAGCAGCGAAGAGGUAAAUCAUCAUUUGAAGAUGAUGAGUCUUUGGGGGAGGACUCUGAAAGUGACAGUGAUGUGGGUUUCAAAAGCACGAGGAAAGGUUCACAUCAACGGAAAACUAGUGGUCGUUCUACUUUUUCGAUAAAUGCAACUGGACGAAACAACGAGGUACGCACUUCUAGUAGGUCUGUGCGGAAGGUGUCGUACGUUGAAAGUGACGAAAGUGAGGAUGCCGAUGAAAGCAAGAAGAAAAAUCUCCAAAAGGUGCAAUCUAGUUGUGUACCAGAGGAACUUGAAGAGGAAGAUAGUGAUUGUAUUGAGACAGUGAUGUGGCAUCAACCAAAGGGCGUGGUUGAAGAAGCUCUUAGGAGUAAAAGAUCAACUGAUCAUGUUCUACUUAGCUACUUGUUUGAUUCUGAGCCAAAUUGGAAUGAGAUGGAAUUCUUGAUAAAAUGGAAAGGCCAAUCCCAUUUACACUGUCAGUGGAAAUCAUUUUCUAAGCUUCAGAAUCUUAGUGGUUUUAAGAAGGUUUUGAAUUACACUAAAAAGGUAACGGACGAAGUCAGGUUCAGGAAGACAGUCACACGUGAGGAGAUUGAGGUUAAUGAUGUGAGCAAGGAGAUGGACUUGGACCUCAUCAAGCAAAAUAGUCAGGUGGAAAGGAUAAUUUCAGACCGCAUUAGUAAAGACAGUUCUGGAGAUGUAAUUCCAGAGAACCUAGUCAAGUGGCAAGGGUUAUCUUAUGCUGAAGCGACAUGGCUUAUAGCUCUGGAGAACAGUACUACUCACACACCUUUAAGCUCAUCACAGUGUUCUUGCAUGAAGCAAGUCAUGCUAUUGCUUGCAAACUCACAUGUGGUCAUGUGGAGGGAAUCCGAGUCCAUCCAAAUGAGGGUGGCGUCACACAAACGCGUGGUGGUGUAUAUUGGUUGAUAUUACCUGCAGGAUGUAAUACACUUUUUUCCCUAGCAGCUAUUUUUUCUAUGGUCCACGCCCUACUUUCAAGUUUGUUAAGUGGAAAUGAAACAUUGCAUGCUUUUCUUUGAUAGAAUAUUCAUGAAUGUAUUUCCUCUGUCUUUGCAUUCCUUAGUUCAAUUGAUUUUUUUUUUCAAUCUGAACAAAAAAAGCUUCACUUCAAUAGACCUUUUUUUUUUUCUCAGUUCUUUAUGUAUUCAAGGUGUUUCUUACGUGCGUUAAUUAUACAUGUUGGCCUUGCACUUGGUUUCUGGCACUGAACUACCCUUAAGAAUUUCUUAUUACUGAUUAUUCUUUCAAAUUGCAUACACCAAGUUCAAUUGUAGUAAAACUGAAAAUGAGGUCUUUGUAAAGUCAGUAGAAUUUUUUAUUUCUUUUGAUAUUGGUUUUACAAUUCUUGUCAAUUAGCAUGAUGUGUUUCCAUGGCUUCAUGCUUUAUACGAAAUUUUACAUACUCAGAUCUUGGCUCAUCAUUCUGGUGAAUGACUUUGAUACUCGCAUCAACAAAUCUCCUCACUGCGAGAAUUGCUGCUGGUUGUUUAAUUGUUGCUCUAUUUGUGGUGCUCUGUAUUGCUAAAAACGUAAGAUUGCUAUUUCAUAUAUUUCAGUGUUGAGAAAUGAAAACAUUAUUGCAUAUUGUCUUCAUCAGUUACUAUGAAGUGAGCACUUAUUAAUUUUUCCUUUUAAUCUUGUUCAUUAUAUAGUGGACACUCCGUGGACUUUGUAUCGGUAAGAAACUUUAUUGAGUUGUUUAAAAGUACUGUAAAUUUUAUAUAUUCAAAUGCUUCCUUACCAUUUUCAAAUGCUGCCAAUUUUGAGGUUAUAACUUUUUUACAAUGAAUGAUACAUGGUUUUGGACCAAUUACACAAUCUAGAUACAAAGCUCUGCCUGAUGUUCAAUCUGCCUUAUUUUAAGUUUUAAAGUUUCUCACAUGGUGAAAAGGCAUCUAUAUCUUUUCUUUUUUUUUGGUCUAAACUUUGUGCUGAACUGCGACAUUACAUCAUGAUUCUCAGAAGUCGCAGAAAGAGGAGGAUAUGGAGGAGAGAGGUAUGAGCAGCUGGAGUUUCAGAAGAAAGCUAGGCAAUGUUACAAGGCUCUCCAUGAUGCUUCUUGGAGGGUAAUUUUGUGUUUCGUUUGGUGACAAGUAAUAAAGCAUAAUGCAACUUUAAAAGUUGUCUUUUUUUUUAAUAUUGAUUAAAGUAUGAUAAUAGAGAGAUGGGUUAUUUCAUGAACAGUCACAUAUGAGGUACUAAAACUACUAAUUUAUGUUAUUUCAUUUGCUCAUUAGUAAGGAUUGUCAAUAUUACCAGUCCCUUGCAUAAGUUCUUCAUUUGUUUAUAUAUUUAGGAGAAGUAAUUUAUAAGUCAUUAGCAAGUGCAUAUGAAUAUAUUUUGUUUGAAGUUACAAAUUGUAAUAUAUAAUUAUUCUCAAAAACAUCUAAAAGGUUGGAGAAGCAAGGUUCUUUAAAUUGAGGCUUGUCUUACAUAUUCCGCAUUUGCCUCGAUGAAUUUUUAAACCAACUUAUGAUUCUUACUCUAUAAACAGAGCAUUGCACUUUAGCUUUAAUUUUUAUUGUUAACAGUCAACUUAUGGUCAUAUAAAAUGUUGUGUUACAUGUAAUUACCUUCUUUUUCAGUUUUGAGUUUCUUUAAUCGGUGAUUGUCCAAAGUUUUGAGUUUUCAAUAGAUGAUAAAGACGCCAAAAUGUCAUAUAACGAAGCAGAUAGAUUAUAUAGAUCAUCUUAUGUUAAACGAGUAUAGUAUGAAAUAUAUGAAUUUCUAGCCUUGGUAGUGGCACAUUGCUAACUCUGUUAGGAGUUCUUUCAUCUGCAUAUAAUGAUUGAAUAUUAAUGAUUUUGUUGAAUAUGUGUUUCUUUGAAUGUGGUAUUUUAUUACUUGUGAUUUAUUUGUGAGAGUGGAAGUGUUUACUUGUGGUAUUUGUGAGAGUUUCAAGAUUUUAGAAAAAUACAACAAGAAAGGCGUAAUCAUUUACAAUACCCUCGUAGGACUUCACGCCAUAACUAUACUGAAUUGGAAGCUGAUUUACAAGCUAAGGGGGGCACAACAGAGCAAAUAGAUCGACCAGAGGAGGCCAGAAAAGAUUCUUCUAGAGUUGCCUUUUGAAAUGAUAACUAGAGUUUCUUGAGCGGAUGAGUCAUAGAUAGAGUAAGGGUCUAAGAGGCUUGCUAGAGUUACCUUUUGAAAUCAUAGCUAGAGUUUCUUGAGUGGAUGAGUCAUAGCUAGAGUAACUUUUGAAAUCAUAAUUAAAAAAAUAUACUAACUGUAGUAUUUAGUUAGCACUUACACAGUUAUCCCAAGUGAGUUCUAUAUUCCAAGUGAGUUAGCACUUACAUAUUUUAAUCUUGUAAUUUUUAGAUUUGGAACAUACUGAGUUCUAUUGAUUUUGUCUGCUUGUUGAUUCUAUCUGAACUAUAUUGUAAUUACACAGGAAAUUAUGAA